GAUUUCUGGCAUUGGUCAUAAUCAGCAGAGUUCUCUCUAAACCUUUGAGAUGGAGUCGUCCAGCUCUAAGUCUGUGCAGGUGGACGACUGGCAGAAGAAUUACUGUGUGGUUACAUCCAGCAUAUGUACACCAAAGCAGAAGGCGGAUGCAUACCGCGCACUACUACUGCGUAUUCAGUAUGCAUAUGCCAACUCCGAGGUCUCUCAGGGCUGUGCUACCAACCUGUUCAAAAGGUAUACAGAAAAAUACUCUGCAAUUAUUGAUUCUGACAAUGUUGUAACUGGCUUGAAUAACUAUGCAGAGAGCAUUUUUGCUUUGGCAGGAUCUCAGCAGGCUGACAGUGACAAUUGGCAAUCUGGAUUGUCAAUAAAUAAUGUUUUCAAAAUGAAUAGUGUACAGGAGAUGAUGCAAGCUGGCAAGAAAUUUAAAGAGUCUCUGCUGGAACCUGCUGAUGCAUCAGUAGUCAUGUGUAAAGAGUCCACCAUCUUUGAGCUUCCUCAACUUAAUGUUUGUGAACGUUCUAAAGGGGCUGACUUAUUAUCCAGUUCAGUUCAUGACACAGGUAAGACCCAAGCCAUUCCAGGGAGCAGUCUGAGAUGUUCCUCAUUUCAGAAUGCUCUGCUGCCUAUGGCAGCUAAUACCACCAAGACAUGUCUCACCUCCUCAACACCUUUACGUGAGUCAACUACUGCAACAUUUCACGUGACGUCAUUAUUUGGAAACACCAAAAAGGAAACUCGGAGCUUUCCUAAAACCAGCACAGGACUAAAUAUGUCCUUAUCUAAUCUGUCUAAAGCUUCUAGUAAGACAGAAGACAGUGGCCAAAGGGAAGAUAAUAGCCUGCCCACCUUUAAAACUGCAAAAGAACAAUUAUGGGCAGAUCAGAAAAAAAAGGGCCAUCAAUCCCAGCGUACAUCUAAGUCUUCUAAUGGUGUUAUGAAAAGGUCUCUAGGAGCUGGGAGAUCGAGAGGGAUAUUUGGAAAGUUUGUUCCUCCUGUAUCUAAUAAGCAAGACGGAAGUGAGCAGAAUGGAAAGGUGAAGCACAAGUCUAAUAGGGAAAGGUCUCCAGAACCAGCAUACCUCACUGAUGAUCGUCUGAAGAAUGUGGAGCCAAGGAUGGUUGAACUUAUUAUGAAUGAAAUUAUGGACCAUGGGCCUCCAGUACAUUGGGAAGAUAUUGCUGGAGUAGAAUUUGCCAAAGCCACAAUAAAGGAAAUUGUUGUGUGGCCCAUGCUGAGGCCAGACAUCUUUACUGGAUUGCGAGGGCCCCCUAAAGGGAUUCUGCUCUUUGGCCCUCCAGGGACUGGUAAAACUCUGAUUGGCAAGUGCAUUGCUAGUCAAUCUGGAGCUACAUUCUUCAGCAUCUCUGCUUCAUCAUUGACUUCUAAGUGGGUAGGUGAGGGAGAAAAAAUGGUCCGUGCAUUGUUUGCUGUUGCAAGGUGUCAGCAGCCAGCGGUGAUAUUUAUUGAUGAAAUUGAUUCUUUAUUGUCUCAACGAGGAGAUGGUGAACAUGAAUCUUCAAGAAGGAUAAAAACGGAAUUUUUAGUUCAGUUAGAUGGAGCAACCACAUCGUCUGAAGACCGUAUUCUUGUGGUAGGAGCCACAAAUCGGCCCCAAGAGAUUGAUGAAGCUGCCCGGAGAAGAUUGGUGAAAAGGCUUUAUAUUCCUCUCCCAGAAGCUUCAGCCAGGAAACAGAUAGUAGUUAAUCUCAUGUCUAAGGAGCAGUGUUGCCUCAGUGAUGAAGAAACUGAACUGGUAGUGCAGCAGUCUGAUGGGUUUUCUGGAGCAGAUAUGACACAGCUUUGCAGAGAGGCUUCUCUUGGUCCUAUUCGCAGUUUGCACACUGCUGACAUUGCUACCAUAAGUCCAGAUCAAGUUCGACCAAUAGCUUAUAUUGAUUUUGAAAAUGCUUUUAAAACUGUGCGACCUACUGUGUCUCCAAAAGACUUGGAGCUUUAUGAAAACUGGAAUGAAACAUUUGGUUGUGGAAAGUGAAUACAGCAAUUGAAGGUAGAAGCUACCAUCUAAUAGUAGUCUUUUUACCUUUAGCAUAGGAAGCUUGGGGUGUGCUACUUGUAUUGUUUUGGAG